AUGCCUCAUACAGCUUCAAAUGCAACAUUGAAAAAUACGGUCAAUGUAUUUACUUCUUCACUUUUAACAAGUACAGGUCCCUUUCCAAAGCCGUCUAUUGGAGAAUCAAUAGUACAAAAUGGUAAUCAUGCUUAUUUAUAUGGCGGUCGUGACGCUGAAGAUGGUACCCCCAUGAACGAUUUGUACUUCGUGGAUUUGGAAACCGGCUCCUGGAAACUGGUUGAAAAUCAAGGACCUAUAAAGCCUACUUUUCGAUAUUUCCAUUCUGGGAUUUUUUGGAAUAACAAUCUUGUCUUCUUCGGCGGAAUUGGGUUUGACGAAGAGAAUAAUUCAUUAUGCAGUUUAAAUUCGACCGAGAUUUUUGAUCUAGAAACCAAAACUUGGAGAGUUGUUCCACCCGAAGCAAGUAAUUUUGCAAAUACGGCUGACGCCGAAACGUUUACAUGUGAACCUUUACCAAGGUAUGGCCAUUUGUACUGUGUUUUAGGAGAUUAUAUGAUUGUGUACUGUGGACAAGAUCUCUCAAAUAAUUAUAUUGAACAAAUCAAUGCAUUUGAUUUGAGAACUGAGAAAUGGGUUCAUCGUUCUCCACUUGCAUAUCACUGUGGUGUUUAUAGGUCAAACUGUAUAUCAUUAGAUCGCGAAAGUGAAUUCUUUCGAUUUUGUACUUCUGAAGACGCUACUGAGCGACAGGACCAAUUUGUUGGUUCGCUUUUAUUUUAUCUCAAUUCAAAUUUUGUUGACGUAAAACGUGAACUUAUUUUAUUAAAGCUGUACAAAGUGUCUGAUGCUGAAAGAAACAAAGAGGGAAUAGAUGAACGUGAAGGAUAUCACCCUGGUCUGUAUUUUGAAGAAGAAAACGUAACUGAAAAAUUUGUAGGCACGUCCAUGCCUCCGGGACUUCGAUUUCCACGCGUCUACAUGGUUGGGGACAAUUUAGUUCUUUCGGGAAUAUAUCUCACUAGCUCUCGCCAGGCAUUUGUCUUGUGGGUAUAUUCGCUGGACCGUGAAAACUGGAUUCAAUUAGAUACCUUAGGUCUUUUAAAUCACGGCUCAUGGUUCAAAUGCUUAUGCAUGCCUCAAAACAAUCAGCUUGUUAUUUUUGGGAACCAGACGAGACGGCUUAUACAAGACUAUAAUAUCCGGCAGUCAAACUAUGAUAAUGUAGUUUAUAUUGAGCUUGAAGCAUACGGUGUAUAUAGAAGACCGAAAAUUCCACAUUAUUCGGAAAGAAGCGAAAAAUUAGGGAAGCUGCUAUUGACUGGAGUAAGUGAUAUGGAAAUUCUAACUCUUGAUCGAAACCAUAUACCUUGUCUUUCCAAAAUUCUGUAUAAACGGUGGCCAAAAUUUCAGAGAUUGUUAGAUCAAACUGCCGAAAAUAAUCAGGAUGCCUUUCGAAUGAGUCUUUCUGAACACGGGCCUCAAGUGGCGGAGCUACCUUUUACACCUAUAAACAGUACUGGAAGCCGAAUGCUGUAUAUGCCUUACAGCUUUGAAACGUGCACUGCUUUUCUGUAUUACUUGUAUUGCGGAAAAAUAAACGAAUCCUACUUGUCAACGAAAACAUUAUGUAAUUUAUUAAUUCUUGCCAAACACGAUGAAGGAAUGGAGACGUUUUUCCAAUAUAUCGUACACCUUUUGCAUAAAACGCUGAAUCAAAAUAACGUAAAAACUAUCUAUGAGAUAGCCGUUUUGACAGGGGCCAAAGGACUUCAGCUUCGAGCAUUAAGGAGGAUCGCACGCAUUGAACAAAAUGGUGUUGCAAUAUCAAAUCCUUCAUUUUUGCCCAACUUGGAAAACCAUGAACUACCCUCGUCCUGA